CCGGCUGGGUGGCGGCGCGGGGGAACAAUGGGCUCCUUCUCCUCGGCCCUCAGAGGGGCCGUGGCGUAAGGGACGAGGGGAAGCGCGGCUCCGCGCCUGGGGAGCACCAUGAGCUCCGCCGAAAUUAAGAAGCCACCAGUGGCCCCCAAACCAAAAUUUGUCCUAGGACACAAGGCAGCGCCUCCACCUGUCGCACCGAAGCCUGAUAUUGUACUUUGUGGUGGGAUACAAGCAGCAAGGAAAACCAAGCCAGCAAUUGCACCAAAACCAAAGGUUCUCAAGAGCUCCUCCAUCCCUGAAGUUAAACCUCCAUCGUCUACACGAAAAAGCACAAAAAGCUUUGAGGAGCACAGGGAAGAUCCUUCUCAAACUCUAGACCAUUUGAACUAUAAAAAUGAAACCUCAGAAGGGAGUACUGGAAAUACAGCAUAUAUUCUACCUGUGUCACCUUGCAAAUUUGAAUGCCUUCAUAAACUUGGAAAUGGAGAGAACCCCUGUAAAACUCAGAUCAUUCUCGAGCACUUUGACACCUUAGAAAACAUCAAGCUUGGUGAAAGAAAUGCACUGUCUCUGGGGGAUAGUCACAAUGAAAAAUUGGCAAGUAGAAGUCAGGUGGUUUUGAAAGCCAGCAUUUUGGAAGAGAAACUUAAGGAUGUCCUAACUCACGGUGUGUUUCCUAACAGCAGUCCUGUGAGACACAGAUAUGCAGACAAAUUUGACAAAGGGAAUGGCAGCAGUUCCAAGAAUGAUGUUAAAAUAGAGUUUAUGGAACUUGUACAAUCUUCGUCAUCUUCUGAAGUAGUUAAAGGGAAGCAACAAAAUGUUGAUGGUAAGAUUAUUGCUGGUGAGUUUCAGAUGUCUGAAAUUUGUCCUAGUGAAAAUAAUCACUGUUGUUUUUCCUCAUUGGACAAGGAAACUCUAGAGAAUGAAAAUUUAAGUAGUAAUAGGAUGUUUUCAGGUGAAGUGGGGAUGAAAGCAGAUGCUGAUAAAGCCUCCCCUGAAACAUCUUCAGUCCUGAGUUCCAAAGUGCUUCCUGUCCCUAAGCCAAGAAAGCCACGUGCUGCAUGUCUAGUCCGUCAGGAUGGCAUAGACAGCACAGGAGAAGGAACAAAGGAACCAUCUAAUUCAGAGAAAGAUUCUCAUGGUGUUGUGGACCAAAGCUUAAAAAAGCCAGCAAGAAUUAAUGUCCUUGGUCAAAGUGUGUGUUAUAGUAAUAAUGCAGAAGUGUUUCAUCCUGAAAAAUGUGAGGUAACUCAAAGCAAUGCAGAAAAAGUGUCUCAGGUAAAGGAGCCUGCUGUGAAAGAGUCAGCUUCACAAAAUCUUUUGCCUCAGUUUUCACACGGAAGUCCUGAUUUGGGGAGACACGUUGAAUCUUCUUUAAAUGCAGACCAUAACUUUGUGGAUGAGAUAACAGAUGACACCAGUAUGCCAGAUGCUGUGGACAAAAGGACUGAGUUUGUCAGGUGUCAUACCCUGUCCAUGAGUUUGCCAAAGCAGGUCAAAUUGGCAAGCAGUCAGCACUCACCUGCUGUCAACAGCCUUCAUGUUUUCCCACAAAACUUGGAAAAUAAAGAACUUAAAAUAAAGGAUGGGAGUUCCCCAAAAGUUAUUCCUAAGAAACCACAGAGACAUGGCCUUCCAGCUGCUGGCCUGCUGAAAAAAGCUGCAUCGGCAGAGCUUGUGGACAAAAGUUCUUACACCUGCAGUGAAGACAAAUCGAGCAGCCUUCUAGAAGGAUCUCCCUUUGCACAUCCACGAGCCAAGGAGCAGGAUGCACUUUCGUCUUGUGACAUACCCAAACGUUCUUCUGAAAAACCCGUCUGGAAGUUACCUCAUCCUAUUCUUCCCUUUUCAGGAAAUUCUGAAUCAUUAAAAACUGCCGCCAGUUUCAGCCACCUGACUGUUGUGACGAAGCCUAGGGCCAAGUCUCUCUCUGCUGUGGACAUGGACAGGACAGACAAGCCCUGCAAAGACCAUCACAAGAAAAAUAGCUUGAAAAAGCUUCUGAACAUGAAACUGUCGGUUUGCUUAAAGAAAAGCGACUUCCAAAAAUUUCUGUCUAAAGGCAGCCAGUCAGUGGAGAGUGCUAUUACCAGCCUUUCCAAUGGGAAUGGGUAUGGAAAUAGCAGCAGUAAUAUAGGGUCUGUAGGCAGUGAAAGGAAAGCUAAAUCUGCCAAGGCACAUUCUGUAGAAAUAAGUAGUCCGGCAUUACAGAAGAAGAGGCAGAGAAACAGAAGUCAGCCUGAGAUGCGAAAUAACCAAAGGCUGGAGUCUUUAGAAAGACAUGGACUUUUGGCAGAGAAUUUGUCCCAAAUGCCUCUGAAUUCUGUAACCAGCACUUGUGAUCCAGAAUAUGAGAAUGUGUGCCACUAUGAGGAAAUACCUGAGUAUGAGAACUUGCCUUUUGCUAUGGGUGCUAGGAGAAAUCUCUGCUCGGAAUGGCAGAACUCCAGCAGCGUGGAAGACCAGAGCACUGACUUCUAUGAAUUUGAGGAGCCUUGUGAAGCUACAAGCAGGCAUUGGAGGCUUGACAGGUCCUUAGAAGAACACCAUGAUCAUCCCAAUGUGGUAAUGGGAGAUCUUCAGUCAGAUGAAGAAGAUAUCAUGAACAGUUCUGAUGAAGAUGAUGACACAAAUUCUGAUUCCAGUAAAGGGGAGACUGAUCCUCAAGAAGAUAAACAGGGUAAGGCAGCUGGAAAGAAAACAAAGGUUUACCACAUUGCCAAGGAGAUCAUGAGCUCAGAGAAGGUGUUUGUCGAUGUGCUAAAGCUCUUACACAUUGAUUUCAGGGAUGCUGUGGCUCAUGCCUCCAGGCAGCUGGGGAAGCCGGUGAUUGAGGACAGAAUCCUGAACCAGAUCCUCUACUACCUACCUCAGCUCUAUGAACUCAAUCGGGACCUCCUGAGGGAAUUGGAGGAGCGAUUGUCUCACUGGCUUGAGCAUCAAAGAAUUGCUGACAUAUUUGUUAAAAAGGGUCCCUACCUAAAGAUGUAUUCAACUUACAUCAAAGAAUUUGAUAAAAAUGUUGCAUUAUUAGACGAACAGUGUAAGAAGAAUGCAGGAUUUGCAUCAGUAGUCAAAGACUUUGAGAUGAGCCCCCGCUGUGCAAGUCUGGCCCUCAAGCACUAUCUGCUCAAGCCAGUUCAGAGGAUUCCCCAGUACAGGCUUCUGUUGACAGAUUAUUUAAAGAAUCUUUUAGAAGAAUCUGCAGACUAUAGGGACACUCAAGAUGCUUUAGCUGUUGUUAUAGAAGUUGCAAACCAUGCCAAUGACAUUAUGAAGCAGGGAGAUAACUUUCAGAAGCUCAUGCAGAUCCAAUACAGUUUAAAUGGACACCAUGAGAUUGUCCAGCCAGGAAGGGUCUUUUUGAAAGAGGGAACACUGAUGAAGCUAUCACGAAAGGUCAUGCAGCCAAGAAUGUUUUUUCUGUUCAAUGAUGCCCUGUUGUAUACUACUCCAGUUCAAUCAGGGAUGUAUAAACUCAACAACAUGCUGUCGUUGGCUGGAAUGAAGGUUAAGAAGCCAACGCAGGAAGCAUAUCAGAAUGAACUGAACAUUGAAAGUGUAGAGAGAUCCUUCAUUCUUUCUGCAAGUUCUGCUACAGAAAGAGAUGAGUGGUUGGAAGCUAUCUCCAAGUCGAUUGAAGAAUAUACAAAAAAGAGAAUCACAUUUAAUCCAAGCAAAAGUCUUGAAGAGGCAGAUGCAGAGCAGCAGGAAGAAGACAGUCCUCUGGGAUCAAAGGCUCCCAUCUGGAUCCCUGACACGAGAGCCACGAUGUGCAUGAUCUGUACCAGUGAAUUCACGCUGACAUGGAGAAGGCACCACUGCAGGGCGUGCGGGAAGAUUGUCUGUCAAGCUUGUUCAUCAAACAAACAUGGCUUAGACUAUAUGAAAAACCAGCCAGCUAGAGUUUGUGAUCAUUGCUUCAGGGAGCUACAAAAGCAAGAUAACCAGUGCGCUCCUAAGAGCGGAUCCCCGAUCAACCAUAAAUCUCCAUCAAGUGCCUUGUCUACAGUAUUGCAAAGUAUUCCCUCUGGAAGAAAGCAGAAAAAAAUUCCUGCAGCCCUCAAAGAAGUUUCAGCCAAUACAGAAGACUCUACAAUGAGUGGCUACCUACACAGAUCUAAGGGCAGUAAGAAACCAUGGAAACACCUGUGGUUUGUUAUAAAAAAUAAGGUGCUAUACACAUAUGCUGCUAGUGAGGAUGUGGCAGCAUUAGAGAGCCAGCCUUUACUUGGAUUCACAGUCAGUGAAGUAAAAGGUGAAAACUCAGAGUCUAGAGUGUUCCAUUUACUGCACAAAAACACUUUAUUUUACAUAUUCAAGGCAGAUGAUCCUCAUUCAGCUCAAAAGUGGAUAGAAGCUUUUCAAGAGGGCACUGUAUUAUAGCAGUGUCAGAAUUGUGUCUGCAAGUUUAAAGGAAAAUAUCUAAGGAUGGUGAUAAAACAGACUACAGCAACUGUUCAAAGAAACAGAAUCCUGCCAUCACAACCUAUAUAAAAUUGUAUAUUUGUCAGGAUUAGGAGUUGUUGCAUUUUUAGUGUAAAAUAAUAUUUUUCUAAAGAAUUGUAUGUAUUUCUGUGUUGAUACAAAAUGUGUUAUUUAUUAAAUUCCAGUGUUUACUUAAAUGGGCAGAAUUAUUUGUGCAUUGAAGUCCAAAGUGUCCUCAGAGUGGCAGAUUGUUGGUCAACAGGUUAUAAGCUUUAUGCUUUAUUAAAAAAAAAAAAACAAAACAAAACAAA